AAAGGUUGUGGAGUAUCUUUCCUUGUGUGUUUGAAAAGAAGUGUUUUGUUCGUAAAUGUGCUUCUGCUUCAUCACAGAAAUUGUUGAUCGCUUCCAACAUUGUUGUCGGCAUACCGUUCAAAUACAGUAUUUGCAAGCAUACGCUGUGACCAACCAGCAAGAAGUAACGUUCUCCAGUAUACGACGUCUUAGUCCAGACGGUGAUGAUGAUGACUUAAAUUAAAAGCUAGAACUCGUGGCUGUAUUGUGUACGUCGCAACGUAGUGAAAUGGCUAGCACAUCACGGGCUGGUGGUAAUUUUGGUGUUGCUGCUCCUUCUAAUGAAUACAAUGAAUUCUCUGUUAGAGUACCUAAGAAUACUGGCAAGAAAUACAGCAUUAUGAAGAUCAAUUCAAAUGAAAAAAUAGAUAUUUCAAAAUGGCCGCAGACUAAAAUUGAAAGAGAGAAUAACAUGAGAGAGUUCAAACCCGAUGAUGAAGUAAUACCAACUCAUGGAGCUGGCAGUGAAUUUGGACGGGAACGACGUGAAGAAGCACGGAAAAAGAAAUAUGGCAUAAUAACGAAAUCUUACAAACCCGAACAUCAGCCAUGGAUUCUAAAACAAUCUGGAAAAAAUGGAAAGAGGUAUAAAGGUAAAAAGGAAGGAGGAAUCACAGAUAAUUCAUCGUAUUACAUAUUCAUGCAAGGUCCAGACGGUGCUUUUGAGGCGUUCCCAUUGGAUUCUUGGUAUAAUUUCACACCAACAAUAACAUAUAAAACACUGAAUGCAGAGGAGGCUGAAGAAGAAUAUGGAAGAAGAGACAAAGUUAUGAAUUACUUUUCAAUUAUGGUGAAAAAAAGAUUGAAGGAAGAGGAUGAUGAAGAAGACGGUAAAGUAACUUUACAACAAAUUAAAAACAUUGAUGGAUUGCAAAUCACGGAGGGAGACGAAUAUCAAGGAUUCAUGUCGGAAGAAGAUGAGGAUAGUGACGAUGAAGAUGGCGUAGAGAAAAAAAAGAAACCAAAGACAAAACCAAAAUCUAAAGAAAAAUCAACAAAAAAGAAAAAGAAAAAAGAAUCUGAUGAUGAAGAGGAGCCAUUGGAGGAAUCAGAUGAAGGAGAUUUUGAUGGCAGAGAAUUUGAUUAUUUGUCUGAAGCGUCGAGUGAAGGUGAACUAGAAACCACCAAGGAUGAUCUGAAAGGGUUGGAUCAGGAGUUGUCAGGUGACGAGGAUGAAGAGUCUGAUGUGGAGAAUGAGGAGAACAAAGAAGGCAACGAAGAAGAGGAUGCAAAUAAGAAAGCAGAAGCUACUAAAGAAAAAGAAGUAUUUCAAAGUAGUGACAGUGGUUCUGAUUCUGAUGACAGCGAUGAUUUAGACAAAACAGAACUCAAAUCUGCUCUCUUUAUCCAGAAAUCUGAAAAAAGUCAAAAGAAGUCUAGUAACAGGGCAUCUCCAUCUGCUAGUGGUAGUAGUAGUAGAAGUGGUACACCAACCACGUUAUUAGAUGCAGCAGUGACAUCAUCAACUUUAACUGCAGUAGCUAGUAAAUUGCAGCACAAUAAACGUAAAGGAAUAGAUGAUGGACCGCCAUCCAAGAGAGCAAAAGGCAGUCCUGCUCCAGCAUCUGGAACUAGAACACCGGUUGGUGAUAUUGGAAUCACCGAGGAUAUGGUAAUGAGAUACCUGAAGCGUAAACCAAUGACAACCAAGGACUUACUGCAUAAAUUACGAGCCAAAAAGACUGGGAUGAAACGUGAUGAAAUUGUACGAACAUUGACAGACAUUAUCAGGAAGUUGAAUCCGCAAAAGAUCAAUCACAAAGAUAAAACAUUGUGGUUUAUAAAAUCAUAAAUUAUAUUAUUAUCAUUCUGUGAACACUGUUGGCUGUAAUUUUGGCUCAGGUAUACUUCUAAUACCGUGUUGGUGGAUUCGUAAUCUUGGAAACUUACCACAAAUCAUUGCAAAAAUCAGGGUAGACUUCAACUGAUUCCUUUUUGAUAUCUUCUCUAGUUUGUGGUUGAACAAUGAAUUGGCAUAAAAAAUGUUUACUAUCCAAAUGUAUAGAAACCAUACUCAUUGUAUAUAUAUAUUACUCUUAUUAGUAGCGCAUAUGCUUGUGUAACUGACAGAGAUGUAUCUAUGGAAAAACUAAAUCACAUUUCAAAGAUCUAGUACCCACCUGAAAACUCUUUUUAAUAUUUACUUCAAAAAAGUUGAGUUUUUAGAAUACAAAAUUAUUUUCAAACUUUACAGUAAAUUGUCGAACUAUUAGAGUAAAAACAGGGAUGGGAAUUUCAAUUUUCAGCUGAAAAUAAACUGUAGUUGAUCAAAUCGUUACAAUACAGACACUGCGCCUUUCCCAGGACCUCGCACUUACCGAUGAAGUCACUCAAUUUUUCAGUUACCACUUCAUCUUUCUUUUCGAUUCGCACGGUCAAAGUCACUUCCUUGUCAAGCAAUGCCCAAAGGAAUUUGUUCCUAACGUCUUUAUCGAUCUCUCGCACAGUGGACUCUGUCUUUUGUAAACAAUUUUACCAUUAUUGCUGCAUGAAACUUGUAAACAAUGAUCCAAGGCAGCUAACAAUUGAAACAAUAAAAUGACGCAGUUGGUGAACGAAAAAUGAAAGCUCUUCACUGAUUGGCCUGUCAGAACAAACCUAGCCAAUCAUGACAUCACGAGUUGUCUCCCUUUGACUAUGCACUGAAUACAGGCCUUUUACAGCUGACAACAAUGACCCGACAGAGUGUUCACUGUAGUGAAUGAACAAGAUUUGUAUUUUUACCCCCCUAAAAUUCUCUCUUCAGAUUUAGACGUUUCAGAAAAUCGAUCCCUAGGGCUUAGAAAUCUGCAGAAAAUUCUCAUCCCUGUAAAAAUCAGUGAUUACAAAACAAAACAAAAUCAUUUGUGAAGUUCUACCCCCCUCAAACAAAAAACAGAUUACAAAUAGGAGCGAGUUAACACUAUGGAAAAGACUUUAUUUUGUGAUUAGGUGAAAUACAUUGUAUUUGUUAUCAUUCUGAAAGCUGUUAAAACCCUUUCAGUACGCAUUAUACCUUACAAAAUGUGUCUGGUUUAAAAAAACAUCAUACAUCAUGUACUGGUUUUAUUACAUGCCUCUCUCAACAAAAUAUACUUUGAAAUUUGAUGAUGGCUGCCACUAGCAUAGUAACGGCCCGUCAAAAAUUGUUAAUACAAGCUUCAGUGGACUGCAAAAUACUUUCAUGAACCAUGUCUUGCAUUUGUAUGAAGAAGUGAGCUAAGUGAGAGUAAAUAUAAUUUUCAAACUUGUGUCUCAAUUUGUGGCUUCUGUAGGAUUCCUAAAAAGAUCUUUUGUAUAAAACGUGUUUUAGUUAAUAAUUUUGUAUUUAAGUAAGUAUUUUAUCAUGCCUAUCUGAAUACAGAAGCUCAUAUAUUCAUAAGGAAAAAACACAAUUAUUUUAAAAAUGAUUUUAUUGCCAAGUUAAAUAACAGUCCAUUUAUAGUCAAAUUGUUUUGUACUUGCACCUGUAUUUUCUUCGCUUGGAAAGAAAAUUAUUUUGUACACCUUGUGUGGGAGGAAUUCACAUCUGCUGAUCAAAGUUAUACCUUGCUAGCAUGGACUUUUGUGUUAACUAAUAAAAGAUAUCGGCAACCAGG